AUGGCCCUACAGUCUCCUCUAGCAGACGUCAAGCGCCUUGCAAAGCACUGGAAGACCGAGUUCUUGUGGCGUGACGUCGAAGCCACGUUGAACGAGCUACCCAACUAUCGUCAAAGCGUCAAGGUCAACAGCUUCGAUCCCAUCGAUGUGCAUAUCGUCUGGAAGAAGAGCUCGAAUCCCAAUGCUAUCCCGCUGUUAUUUGUCCACAGAUGGCCUGGAUCCUUCAUCGAAAAGAAUGGUGGGCCUGCCUUUUAUGUCGUUGCACCAUACAUGCGAAACUUUGGGUUCAGCUCGAGAGUUACGAAGUCUGGAUUUGCGCUGUCGCAAUACGCAGAGACAUGUCAUCGCCUGAUGCAGCAGCAGGGUUACGAGAAGUAUGUGACCCAGGGUAGAGAUUGUGGAUUCCACAUCACCAGUAUCCUGAGCAUCUUAUAUCCUGAUUACGUUCUGGCAAAUUAUAUCAACAUGGUGAGGGCUCGACUGCCGAGCUUCGCCUCUCAGCCCGCGCUUGCUCUUCAGCAUGCUCUGACACCAUACACUGAGGCAGAGCAGAAAGGCAUCGAGCGCUUAGACUGGUUCAUUGACCAACGCCAAGCUUACCAAACCUUACACGCCACGAAGCCACAUACUAUCUCGUACACCUUUGCAGACAGUCCCGUCGCCCUGUUGGCUUGGAUCUACGAAGAGUUGGUAGAUUGGACGGACAACUAUCCUUGGACCGACGAUGAGAUCUUGACGUGGAUCAGUAUCUACUGGUUCAGCACGAGUGGACCGAAUGUACAUAUCAGGAUUUACUACGAGGCACAGCACAAUCUAACAGAUAAGGUUCUAAACAGUGACCGCGCGAGUCAGUGGCGGGACAGAGUGAAAUUGGGACUGGCGCACUUCCCGAAGGAACUCAGUGUUAUGCCGAAGAUUUGGCGCCGAACGAUGGGUCCUGUCGUACUCGAAAGCACCAACGACAAAGGAGGACAUUUCGCUGCUUGGGAAGACCAGAUGCCAUUUUCAGGGACCUCCAGGAGAUGUUCGGCAAGAAGGGGCAAUGUUACAAGAUUGUGCCUGGCAGGAAUGGAUAUUAGAGACGUAGAUUCGAGCCGCGUGUAAAGGAAGCUUCGAGCAAAGGAAGUCAUUUACUUAGGCAGUAAGCCGAAGCAAACAUCUGUUGAUUGUUACUGGCUUUGAUUUACAACCGAGGCUGCCAAUAGAUCCGGAGCUUGUAGAACGCUCUACCUUCUGCUGUUUGUGCCGCUGAAAGUAUACAGCAGAUUUCCGUGAGUACCCUUCCAGCUCAGGCGACUUCCGAACCGUCAGGGCACCCUUCUCUCCAACCCACAUUCCCCCGAUUCGUUCCCCC